AUGGAGGGGCUCGUCCUGCUCAAUGCCUUGGCCACCCGGCUGCUCUUUGUACUGCAUUCGCUGGUCGGGGUCUGGAGGGUGACAGAGGUGAAGAAGGAGCCCCGAUACUGGUUGCUAGCGCUGCUCAACCUCCUGCUCUUUCUGGAGACCGCACUUACUCUCAAAUUCAAGAGAGGCAGAGGCUACAAAUGGUUUUCUCCGGCCAUAUUUUUAUAUCUGAUUAGCAUUGUUCCAUCACUAUGGCUUCUUGAAAUGCACCAUGAAACACAGUAUUGCAGUGGCCAAUCUGAAGGGGUGUCACAGAAUACCAGCAGCAAAGGAAACUUCAAUCAAACUUUGAAGUUAAGUGAACAAACCAAAGGAGGAGAUGAUCUCAUUGAAACAGCCAAAGUGUUUGUAAAUAAUUUAUCUACAGUAUGUGAGAAGGUUUGGACUUUGGGACUGCAUCAGACGUUCCUGUUAAUGCUAAUAAUUGGAAGAUGGCUUUUACCCAUCGGAGGUGGGAUCACACGGGACCAACUUUCUCAACUUCUCCUUAUGUUUGUGGGGACAGCUGCGGACAUUCUGGAAUUCACAAGUGAAACCCUGGAAGAACAAAAUGUAAGGAAAUGUCCUGCACUCGUUUAUGCAAUCCUUGUCAUAUGGACGUGGAGCAUGUUGCAGUUUCCACUUGACCUAGCAGUGCAGCAUUUCAUGUGCCCCUUAUCGGUGACAGCGAGGGGCUUCCCCAGCCUGUUCUUCAGCCAAUACAGUGCCGAUCUAUGGAACAUCGGCAUCAGCAUCUUCAUACAAGAUGGGCCCUUUCUAGCUGUGCGCCUCUUACUGAUGACCUAUUUCAAAGUCAUAAACCAGAUGUUGGUUUUCUUUGCGGCCAAGAAUUUCCUCGUGGUGGUGUUACAGUUAUACCGCCUUCUAGUGCUGACCCUGGAUGUCCGGGCUUCCUUGAAAAAUCAACCAAAAGUUCUGAAAGGAGAGCAGAGCUGUCUGGGCAAAUCUGUUGAGAGCGAUGUGUCCCCUGAAGACUUGGAGAGUAAUUCAAAGGAAGGCUUGGCUAUUCCUUUGCAGAUGUCACCAUUGAACUCCGAAAACUCUCAUUCCAUACCGUAAUUACUGACUGGUAGCACCAUCCGACUUGAAUGUUCGAUUUUUCAGUUCAUCUUAAGGACCCAAACUUUUUCUUUUU